AUGGCGGCCGAGUCCAAGUCACCAAAUUCUGUUGAUUUUCACGACAAGGACCUAGAAUGCGACGAGGUAAUCGCCUCCAGUCAUUCAACUUCCCUCUUUGAGAAAGAGCAAGAACGCAGCCAAAGACCGCUCGAUCCAGAUGUAGAACAUGGCAUUCCGGUUAUCGACACCAGUCAGGAUGCGGACGAGAAGACGCCGCCCGUCACAACCGUCGACCACGACCCAAAUGUCGUCGAUUGGGAUGGGCCAAAUGACCCUGAGAAGGCCAUCAACUGGCCCAACAGGAAGAAAUGGUCAAACGUGGCCAUCAUCUCCACCGUCACCUUCCUGACACCUCUAGCUUCGUCGAUGGUUGCGCCGGCCACACCCUUAAUCAUGAAAGAGUUCCAUUCUUCCAACGAGACGAUUGCCAGUUUCAUUGUCUCCAUUUAUAUCCUGGGUUAUGCCCUCGGCCCUCUAUUUCUCGCUCCUUGUAGCGAAAUAUGGGGCAGACUGCCUAUUUACCACAUUUGCAACUUUAUGUUCGUUAUCUGGACGAUGGCUUGCGCUUUGGCUCCAGGGAUGGGCUCCUUGUUGGUUUUCCGUCUUCUGGCGGGUAUUGCUGGAAGUUGCCCGCUCACCAUUGGUGGCGGUUCGAUCGCAGACCUCAUCGUCCAAGAGAAGAGAGGUGGAGCCAUGGCCUUGUUUGCGUUGGGACCACUGAUGGGCCCGGUCAUCGGCCCGGUGGCAGGUGGCUAUCUGGGAGAAGGCGCAGGCUGGCGCUGGAUCUUUUGGGUCAUCACGAUUGCUGGUGGUGUCGCCUUGUGCUUCUCAGUCAUCUUCAUGCGCGAGACUUUCGAGCCAGUUCUCCUUCAGUGGCGGACAAAACGGUUUCGAAAGGAAACGGGCAAUCCCAACCUUCGCUCCAAGCUCGACCAGGGUAUUCCCACGCGCGACUUCUUCAUCCGCGCCCUCGUUCGACCCACCAAAAUGCUUAUCUUCUCCCCGAUCGUACUGCUGCUGUCUGUCUACAUGGCAGUCAUCUACGGCUACCUCUACCUCCUGUUCACCACGCUCACCAUAGUCUUCGAAGGACAAUACCAUUUCAGUCAAGGCACAGUGGGCUUGAGCUUUCUCGGGAUCGGAAUUGGUUCCAUGACUGGCCUAGUCAUCUUUGGAGCGCUGUCAGACAAAGUGGUGAAGAAGAUGUCCGCCAAGGGAGAAAUGAAGCCAGAAUACAGGCUGCCGCCGCUCAUUCCUGGCAGUUUAGUCAUUCCAAUUGGCUUGUUCUGGUACGGAUGGUCCGCGGACAAAGCCAUUCAUUGGAUCAUGCCCAUCAUUGGCACUCUCUUCGUGGGACUGGGCUUGCUUGCCACGUUCAUGCCUGUGCAAACGUAUCUCGUCGAUGCCUAUCACAUUCAUGCGGCCUCGGCAAUUGCUGCCAACACGGUUUUGAGGAGUUUGAUGGGUGCUUUCCUUCCAUUGGCAGGGCCUGGUAUGUACGCGGCUCUAGGCCUGGGUUGGGGCAAUUCUCUGCUCGCAUUUAUUGCGCUUGCUAUGGCGCCAAUGAGCUGGAUCUUCUUCCGAUAUGGAGAGAAGAUUCGGAAGAAGUAUCCGGUCAAAUUGUGA